GCUUGAUUGUGAGCUUCCGAGAGAGAGCGAGAGAGGGGGAGGGCUAGCACGUAGUGACAGCGAGGAAUUGCGGCCUACAAAGAAAGCAGCAACUUUCUUUUCCUCGUCUGGUGGAGAACUUGUCAUCGAGCGCUUUGCUUUUCGAUUCCCACCUCACUUUCUAAGCUGCAAAAGAAAAAAAAACUAAAUGUGACCCAUACCCACACAGCCCACAAUCCUUCUUCGUUUUUUCGGUGGAGGAGUGGGGAUCAUAGCCGAAAAGAAGUCCACCAGUCUCGCCUUUCCGAGGUGAAAGAUCUGCAAUUUCUUCUUCGAGACGGUAAUUUGGGGGCCUGAUUUCUCUCUUCUGAUGUUUGAUCCACAACCAUCGUUCCGACCCCCUGUUAAUUUCUCGUCUAGACCCCCCUUGCUCUACUCAAUUUCCUACAUUUUCCUUCCCUCAGAUGUCUUCUUCAUAUGUUGCUUCAAUUGCCUUAGAUUUCGCUUGAAAAUUUGACACUUUCCGCAAUACUAGUGCUUGCUUGAGCUCUCUGUUCUCGCUUCCACGUCUGUCUACCAUUUAAUUCGGAGGUUAAGUUAAUCUACCCAUCAAGUUGAUUUUUGUGGGGUUGGAAAUGGGUGAUAGAUAUAGAUCAAUCUCAAUUGAGGAUUUGCCCUCACAUUUGAUUCUGGAGAUUCUGAGCUGUGGGCGGCUCAGUCCAGUUGAUCUUGUUUUCUUAGAAUUGACCUCUAGAGCUUUUGGGGGUAGUCAUGGGCUGCACCCCAGCAAGUUUCGAUCACUUGUGGAGCUUGCUGCAUUUCAGCUCUGUAGUUCUCAUCCUACGUAUUCCUCUAUGAGCGUGAAAUCGAAGGAGGAGAUCUUUAAUCGGUGCGGCAGCAAUUGGAAGCGGCUUUUGAGGUUCCUGCAAUCUGUGGAGCAGUCGUCCGACACAGUUGAAACAUCCUCUGGCAACCAGAUGCAGGUUACCACCGGGAGAUUUCAUACAUUACUUCUCCAUGAUUCAUCCGUUUAUUCUUGCGGAUCUAGUCUAAGCGGUGUUCUUGGUCAUGGUGCUGAAACAACACAAUGUGUAGCAUUUACCCCAAUAAGUUUUCCACACCCGACGCAUGUAUUACAAGUCUCAGCCUCCCAUAAUCAUGCUGCUUUCGUCACACAGUCUGGAGAGGUUUAUACUUGUGGAGAUAAUUCAUCCUACUGCUGUGGACAGAGAGAGACAGCACGUCUGAUAUUUAGACCUCGGCUUGUUGAAGCAUUGCAAGGUGUUCCCUGCAGACAGGUUGCUGCAGGGCUUAAUUUUACUGUUUUCCUCACAAGAGAUGGUCAUGUCUGUACAUGUGGCAGCAACACUUAUGGACAACUUGGUCAUGGUGACACUCUGGAGAGGUCGACGCCAAAGAUGAUUGAACAAUUUGAAGCUGUAGGCCCUGUGGUUCAAAUUGCUGCUGGUCCAAGUUAUGUGUUCGCUGUAUUAGAAAAUGGGGCACUCUACUCUUUUGGUUCAGGUUCCAACUUCUGUCUUGGACACGGAGAACAGCAUAAUGAGUCCAACCCCCGUCAAAUUCAAUCAUUUAGAAGGAGGGACGUCCAUGUGGUGCGCGUUUCUGCAGGUGAUGAGCAUGCUGUGGCGCUGGAUUCUAAUGGACUUGUUUACACUUGGGGCAAAGGCUAUUGUGGUGCUUUAGGCCAUGGAGAUGAGAUUGAUAAAACUACUCCGGAGCUUGUAGAGAACCUAAAGGGCCAUCUUGCAGUACAGGUCUGUGCAAGAAAGAGGAAAACCUUCGUCUUGGAGGAACAUGGUUUUGCGUAUGGUUUUGGACGGAUGGGAUUUGGCAGCCUGGGGUUUCCGGACAGCCUGGGGUUUCCGGACAGAGGAGUAUCUGAUAAAGUCAUGAGGCCAAGAAUCCUUGAUAGCCUGAGAGCACACCGCAUCUCCCAAAUUAGUACUGGUCUGUACCACACUGUGGUGAUAACUAGCAAAGGGAGGUUGUUUGGGUUCGGAGACAAUGUGAGGGCACAACUCGGGCACGACAUGCUGAGUGCCUGCCUGGAACCGACCGAGAUGUUUGCCCAACAAACAGUGGAUGAAAUGGGCUGCAGCUCUGGAAUGGAGGGAGACUCUGGCUCCAGUUGUUGAAACUAAUGAUUCUUUUUGUACUCAAGUAUGUUAGAUUACACGUUUGAUGUCCUUAGAGGAAUUGCAUAAAUCUCCAGUGUGGAACUUGUGGGGCCAAUCUUGUCUCUUAAAAAGGCUGGCGUACGAAAUACUUGUCUGUAGUACCUUUGGCCUCAUUAUUCUUCUAAACCAUUUCUCUUACACUAAUGAAGUUUGUUGCCAACUUUUGAUUCA